AUGCCCGGCAGCUACACUCUGGCCUGGGGAAAGGGGCUAAACCAGGAUGAAGAUAACCAAGAGGCCUCAAACCCAUCAGGUAGGAAUUAUAAGAGGUCAUUGCUUCUUGUGGAUGAUACAGCUGGAGACAUGCCUACCAGAAAGAGUGACUCGAAGCCGUUGAUGACAUCUACUCAAGGUAAGAAUGUAAAAUCUGGAACAUACUUGAGUAAGAUGAGUAGGAAGGAGUUGGAGGACAGCUUCUCUCGACUUCAAGAGGAGAGCUUGCUGGUGAAGGAGUUAUCUUGGAAGCAAGAGGAUCAGAUCAAAAGGAUGAGGACAAAAUUGUUGAGACUCACAGCCGAGGGAAGAACUAGUGGGUAUGCCAACAGGUCUAGCAGGAAUCUAAAGGCUGAAGAAACCAUCGAAAACCUGAAGGACCAAGUGUGGCAGUUGAAGCGACACAAUGAGGGACUCAACAACCGUCUUCUCAUGUAUAAACAGCAGCUGCAAGUCCAAAGCUCUGGGCGCUCUCCAUAUAGCUGCGUCCAGCAUCGGAUCAAUACAGCGAGGCGACAGCUUCACACUUCUGAUGCUCAAAUUCCAGCAAAGUUCAAAAGAGGACCACCUACCAGACCAAGUUACACAGCCCCUCCUAUGUACAAAGAGACUUUGAUGGAAGAAGUCAGGGCUGAGGUGCCCAGUGAACCUGUGUACACAUCUAGCAGAGUCCAGAUUAUGACCAACAAUACUGUGAAGGUGGAUGAACUAGAAUUGUCACCCAAGUCUCCAGAGAAGAUGUGGUCCAAAGAUGAAGACUGUGAAGAGAAAAACUCCUUAGAGCAUGCUCAAUUGGCCACAGAGUAUAGAGCUUCCAUUAGAGAGAACGUGGAACGGAUCCAAGUGAUGAGACUCCUGCACGAAAGAAGCUCUGCCCUUGUGGCAGCAAAGGCACAGCUAGCAGAUCUGCAGGAGGUGAGUGAGAGCUGCAUGCAACAGAAUCAGGGAAUGUUAAGUACAUCCCAUAAUGCUCUGCUAUCUCAAGUGGAUGAGCUCAAUACAGAACUGAAGGAAAAGAACAAGAAGGUGGUGACUCUGGAAAGUCAGUUGGCAGACAUGUCCGUCCUACGGAUUACAGUGAGAGAGUUUCAGGACAGAGUGGAGGAUUUAAAAAGAGAAAGAAAUCUGCUGAAGGGAAAUCAUGACAGACUCUUAAAUAACAUGUUAAACAGCAGCAAUCAGCCUCACUGGAGCACUGACCUCAUGAAGGAACGGCUCCAGCAGAAAGUUUCUCAUCUACAAGAGCAGCUGGAUUCUGAGGUAGCGGAGAAGAGAAAGAUCUUGCUUCAGUUGGCUAAGGAACAGGCUGAAAAUGCGGACCUGAAGCAGGAAGUCACCCAGAUGCUAAUGAAACAUAAAAAGGAAGUAGAACUUCUCAAACAGAAAACUACCACCACGACCACUACUAGCAGCCAAUCAGAUCCAGACUUUUUGCAACCUUCACACCAAGAUUACACUAAAGAAACACAGGUACAAGAGGAAAAGAACCUAUCUCAGGCUUACAAUCAGAUGAAAGUGGCACAUGCAGAAACUGCCCUAGAGUUAGAGAAGACGAGGGACAUGCUACUUAUGCAGCAUCAGAUCAACCAACGUUAUCAGGAUGAACUGGAAAUUGUGAAGACAAAAGCUGAUAAUAGUGAGAGAGAGCACAAGGAGGAGUGGGAGAAGUUGAAUCAACUCCUGGACCUCAAGAAUAAUCGAAUUCAACAGCUGGAAGGUAGUUUUGGAAACCACAGACUUACACAGCUCAAAGAUGUGGCUUAUGGUACCCCGAGGUUUCCAUUACGUCUGGAAAUGCCAGUCCAUGAGGGGAAUAUGGUGGACUGUCUUCAGCUGCACCAGGGAGAAAACCUUUUUGAACUGCAUAUUCACCAGGCCUACCUGUCACCUGCAGCCCUGUCCCAAGCUGGAGACUCGCAGCUUGCCUCCUUCUGUACCUAUUCCUUCUAUGAUUUUGAAAUUCACUGCACCCCACUGGCUAUGGGGCCUCAACCUCUCUAUGAUUUCACCUCCCAGUAUGUGGUGAGAACAGAUUACCUUUUCCUAAACUAUUUACAAGGGGCUUCAUCCCGAAUUAACCUCCACCAGACUGCAGCUCUUGACCACAAUACCCUUGCAGUUGGCUGGCUUCGUUUUGACAGAGUGCUAGAGACAGUGGAGAAGGUCCAUGGCACUGCCAUGCUUACUGGAAAUAAUGGAAAAGACUUUGGGACACUGGAUUACUGGAUGAGGCUGAAAUUCCCCAUAGCACACUGCCUACAGGCAUACAACAAGCAAUUGAAAGCUCAAGCAUACCUGUCUGCUAAUGUGCUUGGGGCCAGGAAGGCUCAGCCAGAGGAGUCCAGAUCAGAGACUUUCAAGCAUAGGAAUCAGUUGUGGGUGGAAAUCGUCAGGUGCUGCAACCUCCGGAGCCGACAUCUGGGUACACAGCCCAGCCCGUAUGUCAUCUACCAAUUCUUCACCUUUUCUGACCAUGACACACCCAUCAUUCCUGCCAGCAACCAUCCCCACUUUGGUGAUCAGGCCAGAUUCCCAGUGCACAUGACCUUGGAACUGGAUUGAUAUCUCAGGCAGACGGUCCUGCCUAUAUAUGUGUUUGAUGACAACGAGUCCGAACUAGGCUGGUUCCUUGGCAAAGUUCAGAUACCUCUGCUGCCUCUUGCACAAGAUAAAGCCAUUCAAGGUAACUUCAACCUCAACAAUCCUGUGGGGAGACCCAAUGGGUCCAUUGAACUGAAAUUGGAGUGGGAGUCUCAUUACCUAUCUCCAGAGAGUUUACUGAAGCCAGCGGCCCAGUCUGUUGAAAAUGACAACAUGGCACCCCUGUCUGUGGAAAAUUACAAUGAAGUGCCCUUAUCUGUAGAAAAACACAAUGAGGCAAACCUGCAAGUAGAAGAUUACAAUGAGGCACUCCCCUCUGCAGAGAACAAAGAGACAGGCUUGCAUAUAGAACAUUACAAUGAAGCACCGCUGUCUGUGGAAAAUGACAAUGAGGUGCCCCUGUCUGUAGAAAAUUCUGAGGCACUCCUGUUUGAAGAAAAUUCUGAGGCACCCCUAUCUGCAAAAAAGUACAAUGAGGCAAACCUGUCUGUAGAAGAUUACAAUGAGGUGGACUUGUCUAUGGAAAGUUAUAAUGAGGCGAACCUGCAUAUAGAAGAUUACGAGGAAAGCCUGCCUAUAGAAAAUUACAAGGUAAACUCAUCCAAAGAAAAUGAUGAAGCAAAUCAGUCUAAACAAAACUGCAGCAAGGCCAAGCUGUCUAUAGAAAACCUUGAUGAGGCCAAGCUUUCUAUAGAAAACCUUGAUGAGGCCAAGCUGCCUAUAGAAAACCUUGACGAGGACAUGCUGCCUAUAGAAAACCUUGAUGAGGCCAAGCUGCCUAUAGAAAACCUUGACGAGGACAUGCUGCCUAUAGAAAACCUUGAUGAGGCCAAGCUGCCUAUAGAAAACCUUGACGAGGACAUGCUGCCUAUAGAAAACCUUGAUGAGGCCAAGCUGCCUAUAGAAAACCUUGACGAGGACAUGCUGCCUAUAGAAAACCUUGAUGAGGCCAAGCUGCCUAUAGAAAACCUUGAUGAGGACAUGCUGCCUAUAGAAAACCUUGAUGAGGCCAAGCUGCCUAUAGAAAACCUUGAUGAGGCCAAGCUGCCUAUAGAAAAACUUGAUGAGGCCAAGCUGCCUAUAGAAAACCUUGAUGAGGCCAAGCUGCCUAUAGAAAACCUUGAUGAGGCCAAGCUGCCUAUAGAAAACCUUGAUGAGGCCAAACUGCCUAUAGAGAACUGCGAGGAGGCAAAACAGUCUAUAGAAAACCUUGACAAGGACAAGCUGUCCAUAGAAAACUGUGAUGAGGACAAGCUGUCUAUAGAAAACUAUGACGAGCACAAGCCGUCUAUAGAAAACUGCAAUGAGGACAAGCUAUCUAAAGAAACCUGCGAUGAGAUCAAGCUGUCUAUAGAAAACUGCGAUGAGGACAAGCUAUCUAAAGAAACCUGCGAUGAGAUCAAGCUGUCUAUAGAAAACUGCGAUGAGGACAAGCUGUCUAUAGAAAACUGCAAUGAGGACAAGCUAUCUAAAGAAAAUUGCGACGAGGCAGAACAGUCUAUAGAAAAUGACAAUGAGAUGCCCCUGUUGGUAGAUUAUAAUAAAGCACCUGAACCUAUGGAAAAUUAUAAUGAGAAACCUAUAGAGAUUCCAACUGAAGAAGAAAACAUUUUAUUUCACCAGAAAAAAAAGGAAAGGAAGCCUCAGGUUGAAAACUAUUUGAGGAUAAAAUAUGGCAGGAAAGAUGAUUGCUGUCGUGGCUUCAGGUACAUCAUUUUGGAUGUCCUUCUCUUCCCCCUCCCAUCUUCCAACAUCAUAAGAAUCAAAGGACCCACCAGGAAGGUGAACGAGAAGAAAUUGUCAGGUGCUACUGGUGAUGCAAAAAAAGAGCCAGAGGAAUGUUACCCAGAAGUCAAGCAGCAAGAGUCUCCAUCUCCUGAUAUUGCUACUCGACCUUCUGAACAAGCUGAUGAAGUCAGUGAAACGCAGACAACAGACAGCGAUGAUGUCAUAGUGACCCCCCUGUCUCAGAAAGGGUCUAAGACAAAUUCAGACAAGAUUUGCAUUGAAAUUGUGUCCCUGGCCUUUGACCCCGAAGCCGAAGUGAUGUCUGAUGAGAGCAUCCAGCAGGUGUAUGUGGAGUACAGAUUUCAUGAUCUGCCCUUGUCAGAGACUGAGACACCUGUAUCCCUUCGGAAACCCAGGGCAGGGGAAGAUAUCCACUUUCAUUUCAACAAAGUGAUAGACCUGAACCCAGUGGAACACAGGGACCGAAGAAAGUUUCUCUUUUCUAUGUUGCAAGAAAAAAAUCCUGAGCAGAGGCAACUGAAAUUCAUAGUAGUGAGUGAUCCUGAGGAACAAAAGAACGAAUGUCAAGAAGUAGGCUAUGCUUACUUGGAACUGUGGCAGAUUCUCGAUACAGGAAGAGACAUUUUAGAACAAGAGAUAGACAUUAUCAACCCUCAGGACAAAGCCACCUCCAUUGGAAAACUUAAAGUGUCCCUUCAAGCAACUGAUGCCCUUCAGGCCAUUUUCAAGGAGAUGAGUGAAGAUAUGCAUUUGUGAUAAAGCAGAU